GAGUGUGUUAAUGUGGCGGAAGUCGCCUUCACUUCCGCCCUUUUGGGGGCGGGGCUUACCUCAAGGCUCCUUGCUGCACUUCCGGGCUGCGGAGCGAUCGCGGUGGCUCCAAUAUGAUGGAGAGGGAGAGGCUUGUGCUACCUCCCCCAGAUCCCCUGGACCUGCCUCUUCGGGCUGUGGAGCUGGGAUGCAGUGGGCGCUGGGAGCUCCUCAAUAUAGCUGGGGCUCCAGAGAGCACUCUUCCGCACAACCUCCUUCCCUGUGCCCCAGAUCUGCAGCAAGAAGCAGAGCAAUUGUUUCUGUCAUCUCCAGCCUGGCUGCCUCUGCAUGGCCUGGAACACUCAGCUCGAAAAUGGCAGCGGAAGAUGGAUCCCUGGUCUCUCCUUGCUGUACUGGGGGCCCCAGUCCCCUCUGACCUACAAGCCCAAAGACACCCAACCACAGGCCACAUACUGGGCUACAAGGAGGUCUUGCUGGAGAAUACAGACCUGUCAGCCACGACCUCAUUAUCUCUUCGCCGGCCGCCAGGGCCCAUCUCCCAGUCCCUGUGGGGGAAUCCAACACAAUACCCUUUCUGGCCAGGUGGAAUGGAUGAGCCCACCAUAACAGAUCUGAGCACUCGGGAGGAAGCCGAGGAGGAGAUAGACUUUGAGACAGCUCUUCUUACUGUUCCACCUGGCUUCAAGAAAGGUGUGGACUUUGCACCAAAGGAUUACCCAGCUCCAGCUCCUGGGUUGCUCAGCCUCAGUAGUCUGCUAGAGCCCCUGGAUCUGGGUGGCAGUGAUGAAGAUGAGAGGGAGGCAAUGGGACAGCCAGGAGGUACCAGAGGGGACCCAGUUACGGCCUCUCCCUGUAGUGUUCCCUUGGUUCGAGCAAGCAGCUUGGAGGACCUAGUGUUGAAGGAAGCUUCCACAAUUGCAUCCUCCGUAGAGCCCCCCAAAACCCUUCCUCAGGAGCAGUGGGCCAUUCCUGUGGAUGUCACCACCCCUGUUGGUGAUUUCUACCGCCUCAUUCCCCAGCCAGCCUUCCAGUGGCCGUUUGAGCCUGACGUGUUCCAGAAACAGGCCAUCCUGCACUUGGAACGGCACAACUCAGUCUUUGUGGCAGCUCACACAUCCGCAGGGAAGACAGUUGUGGCUGAAUACGCCAUUGCUCUUGCCCAGAAGCACAUGACACGCACCAUCUACACUUCGCCUAUCAAGGCUUUGAGUAACCAGAAGUUCCGAGACUUCCGAAACACAUUUGGGGAUGUGGGACUGCUCACUGGGGAUGUACAGCUGCACUCAGAGGCCUCUUGCCUCAUCAUGACGACAGAGAUCCUUCGCUCCAUGCUGUACAGUGGCUCAGAUGUCAUCCGGGACCUGGAGUGGGUCAUCUUUGAUGAGGUUCACUACAUCAACGAUGCUGAGCGUGGGGUCGUGUGGGAAGAGGUGCUUAUCAUGCUCCCUGAACAUGUCUCUGUCAUCCUUCUGAGUGCCACUGUUCCCAAUGCCCUUGAAUUUGCUGACUGGAUUGGACGACUGAAGCGUCGUCAGAUCUACGUGAUCAGCACUGUCACUCGCCCCGUCCCCCUAGAGCAUUAUCUCUUUACGGGGAACAGUCCCAAGACCCAGGACGAACUCUUCCUGUUGCUGGACUCCCAAGGCACCUUCCACACAAAGGGGUACUAUGCAGCUUUGGAGGCCAAGAAGGAGAGGAUGAGCAAACACGCCCAGACCUUUGGGGCCAAGCAGCCCACGCAUCAGGGGGGCCCAGCACAGGACCGAGGUGUGUACCUGUCCCUCCUGGCUUCCCUCCGCCGCCGUGCACAGCUGCCCGUGGUGGUGUUCACCUUUUCCCGGGGCCGCUGUGAUGAGCAGGCUGCGGGCCUCACCUCCCUUGACCUCACCACAAAUUCAGAGAAGAGCGAGAUUCACCUCUUCCUGCAGCGCUGCCUUGCUCGCCUCCGUGGCUCUGACCGCCAGCUGCCCCAGGUCCUGCACAUGUCAGAGCUCCUGCACCGAGGCCUGGGUGUGCACCACAGCGGCAUCCUACCCAUCCUCAAGGAGAUCGUGGAGAUGCUUUUCAGCCGUGGCCUGGUCAAGGUCCUGUUUGCCACUGAGACCUUUGCCAUGGGGGUAAAUAUGCCGGCCCGAACAGUGGUGUUUGAUUCCAUGCGCAAGCACGACGGCUCCACCUUCCGGGACCUGCUCCCUGGGGAGUAUGUGCAGAUGGCAGGUAGGGCAGGCCGGAGGGGCCUGGACCCCACAGGCACCGUUAUCCUGCUCUGCAAGGGCCGAGUGCCCGAGAUGGUGGACCUGCACCGAAUGCUGACGGGUAAGCCAUCACAGCUGCAGUCGCAGUUCCGCCUCACAUACACCAUGAUCCUCAACCUGCUGCGGGUGGACGCCCUCCGGGUGGAAGACAUGAUGAAGAGGAGCUUCUCGGAGUUUCCGUCCCGCAAGGACAGCAAGGCCCAUGAACAGGCUCUAGCUGAACUAACCAAGAAGCUGGAGGCCUUAGAGGAACCUGACCUGACCGGCCAACUGGUCGACCUUUCCGAGUAUUACAUCUGGGGAGAGGAAUUGACAGAGAUUCGGAGCCUGAUCCAGGUGAGCCAGUGUGUGUGUCGUUGGGGUGAUGGCGGAGGGAAGGAAAACAGGGCGACACUCCCGAGACUCCUGAACCUCGUGCCAGCAUCCGACUCUUUCUCCUUUAUCCCUUUCAUGCAUAUCCUCACUCUUCAGCGACGUGUCAUAGAGUCUGUGAAUGGGCUGAAAUCUCUCUCAUCCGGAAGGGUGGUGGUUGUGAAGAAUCAGGAUCAUCACAAUGCACUGGGUGUGAUCCUGCAGGUCUCCUCAAACUCUACUGGCAGAUCAUUCACAACCCUGGUCUUGUGUGAUAAGCCCCUGUCUGAGGACCCACAGGACAGGGGGUCGGCCUCCCCAGGCGUGCCCUACCCAGAUGACCUUGUGGGAUUCAAGCUGUUCCUGCCUGAAGGGCCCUGUGACCACACUGUGGCCAAGCUUCAGCCCAGAGAUGUGGCUGCCAUCACCACCAAAGUGCUCCGGGUGAACGGAGAGAAGAUCUUGGAGGACUUCAGCAAGAGGCAGCAACUGAAAUUUAAGUUAGAUGCUGGGGAACCCAUUUUCCUGGGAAGGGACUAUAUCAUGGGGAGUGGGAGGUAUGGUUGGGGCAUCUCCCCUGGCCUGAGGGAGCUCUUAUGCAAGAGAAGUCUCAGGACCUACUCCUUCCUUAGGCAGGAUCCUCCUGUUGCUGCCGUGACUACUGCUGUCCAGGAACUGCUGCGCCUGUCUCAGGCCUACCCAGCAGGACCCCCUACCCUCGACCCUGUCAACGACUUGCAGCUUAAGGAUAUGUCAGUGGUUGAGGGUGGACUCCGUGCCAGGAAGCUCGAGGAGCUGAUCCGGGAAGCUCAGUGUGUGCACAGCCCCCGUUUCCCUGCCCAGUACCUGAAGCUUCGGGAGCGAAUGCAGGUACAAAAGGAGAUGGAGCGGCUGCGCUUCCUACUGUCAGAUCAGUCGCUGCUACUGCUCCCCGAGUACCACCAGCGAGUACAGGUGCUCCAAACCCUGGGUUAUGUAGACGAGGCAGGCACGGUGAAGCUGGCGGGGCGGGUGGCUUGUGCCAUGAGCAGCCACGAGCUGCUCCUCACUGAGCUCAUGUUUGACAAUGCUCUGAGUGCCCUGCGGCCAGAGGAGAUUGCAGCCCUGCUCUCUGGCCUGGUCUGCCAGAGCCCUGGGGACACUGGGGAACAGCUCCCAAGUACCCUCAAACAGGGAGUGGAACGUGUCCGGGCCGUGGCCAAGCGGAUUGGUGAGGUUCAGGCGGCCUGUGGCCUGAACCAGACAGUGGAGGAAUUUGUAGGGGAGCUGAAUUUUGGGCUUGUUGGAGUUGUGUACGAGUGGGCCCGGGGCAUGCCCUUCUCUGAGUUGGCAGGGCUCUCGGGGACCCCUGAGGGCCUGGUGGUCCGCUGCAUCCAGCGCCUCGCCGAGAUGUGUCGGUCGUUGCGGGGGGCGGCCCGUCUGGUAGGCGAGCCUGUGUUAGGUGCCAAGAUGGAGACGGCAGCCACCCUGCUACGGAGGGACAUCGUCUUCGCAGCCAGCCUCUAUACUCAGUGAAUGACUCCCAUGUAAAAAGUGGUAAUAAAACAGCAAACUGUC